CGAACCGCGCGAGAGAGACUAUCAGGUUACCAUAGAUACACUCAUCAAACUAAUGUUAAUACGAAUCGAAGCAAGAAGUAUAAACAAAUUAUCAGAAUCCCACAUAAAAGGAAUUAAUUCAUAACAGGAAUCAGUCAACAGGAUGAAGGAGAAGUCGAAUAGCUUUACACAGAACUGAUAAAACACACACACAGCAGAACUCUCAGUGCCACGGACAUCAUGGAGAAGUCUAGAUUUUCAGGCAAUAGUUUACCAUGUGGCUUAAAUUCCAGCUCUGCCAUGCAAACAAGAGGAAGAGGAGGAGACCAUGUUACAGACAGCAAGUCCCAAGCCACCACAAACCUUAAAGAGACAGCGCGUCUCGAGGAGGAUAAGAAGAAAGAAAAUAAAGGCAUAAAACAUGAAGCAGGCUGUGCUAAACAAACCCGGAAGUGUCCAUUUGAGGCCUAUUUAGUAAAGUGCACACAAUUAGAGAAGGAAAACCUAGAGGUUAAAAAGAAGCUUAAAAAGAUGGAGAAAUAUUCCAGAGAAUGCAAAUCAGAGCGGCAGAGAUUUGUGGAGAGGUUUAAAGAGUUUAAUAACCUCAACAAAGACCUGGACACAAGGAACAAACAACUUCUCGUUAAAAACCAGCAAAUGAAGCAAAGAAUUACAGAGGUCUUAAAGCAGAACGGACUUCAGUCUGAAGAUCUGGAGACCGUCUCGUGCCGUGAACACUGGGAGAAGCAGCAACUAAGAGAAACACUCGUUGUUCUCCAAGACCAGGGAAAGACCUUAACGGAACCAGUCAGGGAAUCUCAAAAAAUGAAACGGGAUUCAGAAAUAGUUGAAGAGAGGAAGAUAACGCAGCUUCAACAGGAAAACCAGACUCUAAGAGAGAGACUGGACCACAGCAGUCAGGUCAUAAAAGAUGCUGAAAGUAGAGCAGAGAGAGCUGAGGAGCAGCUGGAUGAAGCAGAAUGUUGCCUGCUCACCGUAGAGACUGAGAGGAAUCUACUGCGUCAGGAAGUAAAGAGACUCCAUCAGGAAUAUAUAAGCCUUACUAACAGCAUCUCACUGCAGCUGAAAGGAAACAACAAAGCUGCCGCUCUCAGGAAACCCCACCACAGCACAGCACAGUCCACCAGCUCAGCAUCCUAUAAGAGGAAACACAACUUGGCAGAUAAAGGUUCAAUUUGAAGACAUACAACCAAGGAGAUAGAGAAAAUACCUUGGAAAAAUAUUUGGGAGCGUUACUGAGACAGCUAUUAUGCACACACACACACACACACACACACACACACACACACACACACACACACACACAUAUAUAUA